AGGGGUCGUGUCGGCUUCAACCAGGCAAAGACCAUCAAUAAUCCAUCAUCUUUAAUCUUCCCCUUUUCACCUUUACUCUUUUCUUCGAAACCCUAAUCAUUUACUAUAACACACAUCUUUCUAUCAACUCCUUCUUUGAUCCUCAAUUUUUGCGUUCGUUAGAUUGCGAUUGGUGUGGAUAUGUUGGAUGCUGUGGAUUCUCAUUGAUUUUCCGUCACUUUUGCUUCAAUCUGUGGGCACAUUCAUUGUACUCAAUACAAGACUGUGCUUCAGUGCUCACACUUUGUUAUAUCUAGUGUUGCUCCCUAAAUUAAAUUGUUUUCUUCAUGGCACAUGUUGCUGCUACUCAUUUUCCUGGAGGGCCUCAAUCAGGAUCCUCUGGUGAUGCCAUAUACAAAGAAUUGUGGCAUGCCUGUGCUGGCCCUCUUGUCAAUGUCCCUCGUGAAGGAGAACGUGUUUAUUACUUCCCUCAAGGCCACAUGGAACAGCUUGAGGCUUCCAUGCAUCAAGGAUUAGACCAGCAGCUCCCAUCAUUUAAUUUACCAGCCAAAAUACUAUGUAAAGUGAUGAAUGUUCACCUUCGGGCUGAACCAGAAACUGAUGAAGUUUAUGCACAAAUAACACUCUUGCCUGACACAAAUCAAAAUGAGGUAACAAGCCCAGAUCCUCCACUUCCAGAACCUCCUAAUUGCACUGUCCACUCAUUCUGCAAGACACUUACUGCAUCUGAUACAAGCACUCAUGGUGGAUUCUCUGUUCUUCGUAGGCAUGCAGAUGACUGUUUGCCCCCACUGGACAUGUCCCAACAGCCACCCUGGCAAGAACUGGUUGCUAGUGAUCUUCAUGGCAACGAAUGGCAUUUUCGUCAUAUUUUCCGAGGUCAACCUCGUCGUCACUUGUUGACUACUGGAUGGAGUGUGUUUGUUAGUGCAAAAAAGUUGGUUGCUGGUGACGCUUUUAUCUUUUUAAGGGGGGAAAAUGGGGAGCUACGCGUUGGAGUAAGGAGGCUUAUGAGACUUUUAAACAAUAUGCCAUCAUCUGUGAUAUCAAGUCAUAGCAUGCAUCUUGGUGUUCUUGCUACUGCCUCUCAUGCAAUUGCAACUGGAACCCUUUUUUCAGUUUUUUAUAAACCAAGAACUAGUCGAUCAGAGUUCAUUGUGAGCCUUAACAAGUACCUUGAAGCUCAAAACCAUAAGCUUUCAGUUGGAAUGAGGUUUAAAAUGAGAUUUGAAGGUGAAGAGGUUCCUGAAAGAAGGUUUAGUGGGACCAUAGUUGGUGUUGGAGAUACCGCAUCAUCAAAAUGGCUGGAUUCUGAAUGGCGAUCCCUAAAGGUUCAAUGGGAUGAACCCUCAUCAAUAUUACGCCCAGAUAGAGUCUCACCUUGGGAACUGGAACCACUUGUAGCAUCCAACACUUCAUCAAACCCUCAACCUCCACAUAGAAAUAAGCGGGCUCGUCCUCCCGUCUUACCUUCUUCCAUGCCAGAUCUUUCCACACUUGGGAUGUGGAAACCGCCUGCUGAUCGCCACUCAGCAUUUCAAUAUUGUGAGCCACAACGUGGGCGUGAUAUUUACCCAUCAAAUAAUGUCAACAGUAUCUCCCUGAGUUACAGUGAAAAUGGUUCUAUGCCACCUGUUUCCACCACAUCUAUUCAAUGGUCAAACUUAAGGGAGCCACUAACAGAAUCAUUUGAACAUGUGGCUAAUAAAGAAAAUGGUGAAAAGAGACAGAGUAAUGGGUACAGACUAUUUGGAAUCGAGUUGCUUGAACACUCAACUGUGGAUGAAACUUCACCCGUUGGUAUGGGCAUGUCUAGAGGAAUGACUGAGGAAUUACGAAUAUGCCCUCUAGAUACAGAAUCUGAUAUUCCUUCAGCAAGCUGUGAGCCUGAGAAAUCUAGUGUGUUGCAUACUAGACAAAUCCGUAGCUGCACUAAGGUUCAUAUGCAAGGAAUUGCUGUUGGUAGAGCUGUAGAUUUGACACAAUUUAAUUGUUAUGAGGAUUUGCUGAGCAAAUUAGAAAAUAUGUUUGAAAUUGAAGGUGAACUUCGUGAAGUACCAAAAAAAUGGCAAGUUGUAUACACGGAUGUCGAGGAUGACAUCAUGAUGGUUGGAGAUGAUCCAUGGCAUGAGUUUUGCAAUAUGGUGAGAAAGAUCUUCAUAUACACUACCGAAGAAGCCAAGAGGCUUUCCCCAAAAAUAAAACUUCCAGAAAACGAUGAAAUAAUACAAGGGAAACCGGCUCAAGAUAGCACUGAAGAACAUUCAUCAUCAAAUGAAGGUUCUGGUUGCUGAUUUUUUUUCUAAAAAAAUAUAUAUUCUAAGAGUAAAAAACAAUUUUUUUUUUUCGGGGGACCUUAUAAGGGUCUGAUCUUGUUAAGUUUAAUAUGUUGUUUUGGGUUUACCCACAUCUAUCCUACAAAGAAAGAGAUAGAGUAGUGUGACUAGUUUCUAACGUAUUUUAUAUUAUUUUUGAUAUACGCUGGACUGUUGAUUUCUGUAUAUAUAGUACAAAUGUUGUCUA